CUCCAACGGCGCCUUCCUGACGAAGUGUGUACAAGUGACCGGUACCUGUUGCAGAGAGGGUGAGAGGGAGAUGGGCAAGGCCAAGAGCAUCGGCGAGGUGGCCGUGGAUGAUCUGGUGGAGGCGGGUCUGUCCAGGGAAGCCGCCGCCGAGCUCCACCGGGCGCUCCGGGAGUCGCUGGCCCGGGCCCGGCGGCCCUGGGCGCCGGCGCCGGGGCUCGACCCGAGGGAGGUGUGGAGGGAGCUGGCGGGCGCCGGGGCGCUGAAGCCGUCGCACCCGCACAGGGUGCAUCAGCUGGUGUACUACUCGGUGUACUCCGAGUGGGACGCCCCCGCUCGGGGCCCUCCUCCCUACUGGUUCCCUUCUCUAUCCCAGUCAAAACAAACAAACUUGGGACGAAUUAUGGAAUUGCAUGGCGCAAAGCUUCUGGGGUCAUCAUACAAGGAUCCCAUAACGAGCUUUAGCCUUUUUCAGAAAUUCUCUGUGGAGCAUCCGGAGGUCUACUGGUCGAUAAUUCUUAAUGAACUCUCAAUUUCAUUUCGACAUCCCCCGAGGUGCAUUCUUGACACAAGUGACAAAUCAAAGCCCCGUGGUACGUGGCUUCCAGGUGCGGUAUUUAACAUAGCCGAAUGCUGUUUAUCACCCUCACGGCAACUGAGGAAAGGGGAUGACAGUAUAGCGUUAGUAUGGAGAGAUGAAGGCUUUGAUCAUAUGAGUGUUAACCAUAUGACACUAAAAGAGCUUCGUGAACAAGUAAUGUUGGUGGCGAAUGCUCUGGAUGCGACAUUCUCAAAGGGAGACGCCAUUGCAAUCGACAUGCCAAUGACAGUCCAUGCUGUUAUCAUAUAUUUGGCGAUAGUACUCGGAGGAUUUGUUGUUGUAUCGAUAGCUGACAGUUUUGCACCCAAGGAAAUUGCAAGCCGUUUGCACAUUUCAAAGGCAAAAGGAAUCUUUACUCAGGAUUUUAUACAAAGAGGAGGCCGGAAGUUUCCAUUGUAUAGUCGAGUUGUAGAAGCUAAUGCAGCGAAAAUAAUUGUGCUCCCUGUGGUUGGAGAUGGCGUGGGCGUCAAGUUGAGAGAGCAAGACAUGUCCUGGAAAGCUUUUCUUAGUAAAGUGGAUCAUAUUCCAAGAAGGCAUUGCUACCCAGUCUUUUACCAAAGCGCCGAGUCUGUGACAAAUAUUCUCUUUUCUUCCGGAACUACAGGAGAACCAAAAGCGAUACCCUGGACUCAACUUUCACCUAUCCGAUGCGCCGCUGAUUCAUGGGCUCAUAUAGAUGCUCGAACUGGAGAUGUGUUCUGCUGGCCUACAAACUUAGGGUGGGUCAUGGGACCGAUUUUACUCUACUCUUGCUUUCUAGCCAGUGCAACCCUUGCUCUUUACCACGGAUCUCCACUCGGACGUGAUUUUGGAAAAUUUGUUCAGGAUGCCGGAGUGACCAUUUUGGGCACUGUACCAAGUUUAGUAAAAACGUGGAAGAGUACACAGUGUAUGGAAGGACUUGACUGGACAAAGAUCAGGUCAUUUGGCUCCACAGGGGAAACAUCCAAUGUCGAUGAUGACCUCUGGCUUUCUUCAAAAUCCUUCUAUAGCCCCAUUAUCGAGUGUUGUGGUGGCUCGGAACUCUCGUCAGCUUACGUUCAAGGAAAUCAUCUGCAGCCUCAAGCUUUUGGUGCAUUUAGCAAUGCUUCCAUGACGACCGGCUUUGUCAUCCUGGAUGACCAUGGAGUUCCUCAUCCAGAUGAUCUACCUUGUGCUGGCGAAGUGGGAUUGUUCCCUGUUUAUAUGGGCGCAACUGAUAGGCUGCUCAAUGCGGAUCACGAGGAAGUUUACUUCAAGGGAAUGCCAACAUACAAAGGGGUGCAACUGAGGAGACAUGGAGACAUCAUUAAGAGAACUGUUGGAGGGUACUAUGUCGUGCAAGGGAGGGCCGAUGACACGAUGAAUCUUGGUGGCAUUAAGACUAGUUCUGUUGAGAUUGAGCGCGUCUGUGAUAGAGCAGAUGAAUCUAUACUAGAGACCGCUGCGAUAAGUGUAGCACCGCCCACUAGCGGUCCAGAACAGUUGGUUGUUCUCGUGGUGCUCAAGAAGGGGUAUGAGGCCGAACCGAACAAUCUGAAGAUGAAAUUCUCGAAGGCCAUCCAGGGAAACCUCAACCCUUUGUUUAAGGUAAGCUAUGUCAAGAUUGUUGCCGAGUUCCCUCGAACGGCUUCUAACAAGCUACUGAGGAGAGUGUUGAGGGAUCAGAUGCGACAACAGCUCUUCGUGCAGAGCAAGUUGUAGAGGCGAAUGGGGAGUGUUGUCCUAUGUUCUCGCCGUGAUUGUCGAUGUGCAGGUUUCUGAUUCUGAACUCCAACUAUCAAUAUCUGCUUGUGAGAUAUAAAUCGGGUCGACGGAAGAUUUAUGAGGUUCAUAAGUCGGAAUAAGCAGCACCAUCUGAUUGGAAUUCAGUACACUUGUCUUUUCAAUUACAAUAACACAUCAUAUUGUUCAAACUGAAAAUACAAAGCUAUUGCUGUGCUGGGAAUCGAGUUGAAGUUCAUUCGCUGUGAA